AUGGUUCCGCAUAUUGCAUAUAUUUGGAUAAAUUUACUGGCGAUAUCAAAAAGCCAAUUAAAGUGAAAUAAUACUAUAAUGAAAACGACGAAUAAUUAAAAUAAAAGUCUAAUUUUCAUAGUUUAAUAGUUGAAUAAGGUAAUUUUACAAACCGCGGUUUUGUCACAAAAGAGCAAAGAUAGUCUAUGUAUUAUUCUCCUGUAGGAAGUUUCGGUUAUUUUAUAAUUACAUAACCUGAUAGACAAGACUAUUUAAACUUAAAGCCUUUAUAUUGUGCUAGUAUGUUUGAAAAAAGGAAUAUUCCAGCAUCUACUUAGGCUUAAAUUUUAAAUGAAGUUGAUGAAUUUAAAGAAAUGAAAAAUAUUCUUAGUCAUCAUAGAAAAUAACCUAUUGAAUGUUAUUUAAGUAAAUAAGGAGAAGAUAAAAAAGAAACUAAAAAAAAUAUUGAUUUACCUAUUGAUGAUGAUAAAUAUAUUGAUAAUGAUACAAAAAAUGUCAAAUAAGCUCUCAAAUCAGUAAAAUAGGAAAAAAAAUAAGACAAAGAAUAAUAUGAAGAUUAUGGAAUAGCUGAUAAAGAUGAUAAAGAGGUUAGUGUUGAUGAAGAGUAGUUUUAAUAUGAUUAUGAUGAGUGA